CUGUAUUGGUCUGCUUUGUAAACAAAUCACCCAACACGUGUGUAGGGGCGAGUGCGUCUCUCUAAACUCUCACUAAAAUGGGUGAAGGGAGUAAAAUAUUUACUCCUUACCGUGCUCUUGGCCUGGUGAGCACUGACAUAGCACAUGUGGUACGUUACAUUCAAAGAAGAAAAGAAAAUCUCAUUGUAACUGUCGUAGGGAACUCCUUCCACACCUACGGUGCAGGGAAGCUCGGCCUGUUAAGUGUUAGUAAUCCACAUGGAGCAGCUAUCGACGCCUUGGCUGCUGAUGCCUAUCAUGUCUUCACGUCAAGCGGCAACACAAUAUAUGCUUGGCGACGUGGGACCGAGUUAAAACAUAAGUAUGUCGGGCACGAAGCAGGUGUUCAUCUUAUGCUCCCAUUUGGGCCACACUUGAUCACUGUGGAUAAACUGAAUAAUCUUCGUGUUUGGGACAUCAAAGCUGAAUCACUGUACAUGGAGAUGGAGUUCCAAUUAAAAUGCUUCGAGAUCUCGGCCAUGGCACAUCCUGCAACUUACCUCAAUAAGAUCUUAGUAGGUAGUAAGCAAGGAAAGAUGCAGCUGUGGAACCUCAAAACUUGUAAGUUAGUUUACACUUUUAAUGGCUGGGACUCCAGUGUAGUUGUUUUAGAACAAGCACCAGCACAGGACGUGAUGGCAGUGGGCCUAGCAAAUGGAAGAAUUAUUCUUCAUAACUUGAAGUUCGAUGAAACUGUGGUAGACUUCAAGCAGGACUGGGGUAAAGUGACAGGAAUAAGCUUCCGUACAGAUGGAUUUCCAGUGAUGGUGACGGGCAGUGAACUUGGACAUGUUGCAUUGUGGGAUUUAAAAGAGAGACGUCUGGUGUCACAGUUACGGGAUGCACAUUCUGGUCCAGUGUCUGGGAUUACGUGUCUAUCGAGUGAGCCUUUGAUGGUUACAUCGUCAUCCGACAACUCUCUCAAGAUGUGGAUAUUUGAUCUUCCAGAUGGAGGAGCCAGGUUAUUGAAGAUUCGAGAUGGGCAUUCAGCUCCUCCGCUGAUAGCAAGAUUCCAUGGAAGCUUGGGAAAUUCAAUCCUUACAGCUGGUGAAGAUUCUGUAAUGAGGGUCUUCUCCACAGUGACUGACAUUUUGAACAAGAGUUUAGGACAAGCUUCAUAUAACAGAAGUGCUUCAAAGAAGAAGAAGAAGUCUUUGGACACUAAGAAAAUGCCAGCAAUUACUUGUUUAACAUCGGAGACUGCGCAGGAGAAGGCAUGGGAUAAUGUUGCUGCAAUUCAUAGAGGUAAAACUGUAGUGACAACUUGGUCAAUAGGAUCACAAAAAAUGGGGAAGCAUAAAUUAAUACAUGAACGCUUUAAGGAUAAAAAUUUACAUAGGGCUAUUGCAACAUGUGUAGAUUUAACAGUGUGUGGAAAUUUUGUUAUAAUAGGAUAUGACUCGGGUCAUAUGGACAAAUAUAAUAUUCAGUCUGGAAUUCUUCGAGGGACAUUUGGUACUCCAGUUGCUCAUGAUGGUGGUGUAAGGGAUGUUGUAACACAUGGACUAAAUCAGUAUGUAGUGUCAGGUGGGCAGGAGGGUGAGUUGAGAUGGUGGAGAAUGAAAGACUGCCGAGGCAUCAAGAUAUUGAAAAUGGAAGAAAGUAUAUCGAAAAUGUGUCUCCACAGAGACUCUGGACUUGUAGGCAUUGUUCUUGAAGAUUGGAGUAUUCAUGUUAUAGAUAUAGAUACAAAGAGUCUUGUAAGAAAAUUAUAUGGGCAUCAUAAUCAUGUGACAGACAUUACUUUUACCUCCGAUUCUAAAUGGCUUAUCAGCUCAUCUCUUGACAAUACAAUUAGAACUUGGGAUAUACCUUCAGGGACUUGUGUGGACUGCUUUUUGGUACCAAUUCCAACUACUUCAUUAACUAUGUCUCCUGUUGGUGAUUUUUUAGCUACCACUCAUGCAGAUCAACUUGGUGUCUAUCUGUGGUCUAAUCAGGCAUGUUAUCAUCAUCUUUCUCUUCGCCCUCUACCUAAGAGUUUCCAAGCAACACACAUUGCCUUACCUUCAACAGCUGCAGAUGUAAGGCAAUUGGUACCAAAAGAGGGAGAAGAGACAUCUGUGUUAGAAGUUGAAGAUGGUGAUGUUCACGAUGAUGAAGACGAAUACAAGUCUCCUCAACAAAUUUCUGAAGAGUUGGUUACACUAGCUUUGCUACCAACAUCAAGAUGGUUAAACUUACUAAAUUUAGAUGUUAUCAAAAGAAGGAACAAGCCAUUGGAGCCUCCCAAGAUACCAAAAUCAGCUCCUUUCUUUUUGCCUACUGUUCCUGGUUUAGAAUUUAAGUUUGCUUCUACAGGACAAGAAACAAAUGAAGAUAAAUCUAAAGUGAAGUCUGUGUUUACCUUUGAAGUAUUAACUGUUUUUGGAAAAAAGUUAAAAGCUGGAAAUUUGGAAGAUGCAUUGAAAAUGUUGAUGGAAAUGGGCCCCUCUGGAAUUGAAGUUGAAAUUAGGGGCUUGGAUCCUGAUGUUGGUGGAUCUGAGGAAGUUUUGGUCAAAUUUUUAGAAAUGAUAAAGUUUGCAUUAGAUAAGCAGUAUUACUUUGAAGCUGUUCAAGGUUAUCUAGGAUUAUUCCUCAAGCUUCAUGCAGAUUUUGUAAUGAAAAAUAAAGAGGUGCGUCAGAUAUGUGAGGAAUUAGCUGUUGUUCAAAAGAAAUCAUGGUAUAAUAUAUGUGACACAAUGAAUGAAACACUCUCCCUUGUGUCAUACUUCAAAAAUGCUGCAUUGAUUAACUAUUGAAAAUGUGCAAUAAACCAGACUAAACUACACCAUCCUAUUUCUUGUUUGAAAAAUGUUAGUUACGAAUUAUUACUGUACAUUAUGUAAUUUUGAUGUGCUUGGUAAUUCACUCAUAAAUUUUUAAUUUACUUUGAUUAUAAAAUUAGUUGAAUCAAAUUUUGUUUAAUUUAUUAACAACAGUAAAUUUAAGAAAACCCCUUUUAGUGCUCAUAUAGUGUACAUUCUAUUUUUCUAAAUUUUAUCUACAAUUUUAAAAUUAGUAAGUACUGUACUGUAUAUAUUAUUAAGACAAUGGCUGUUUUAAAAUGUCUAUUGUACAAUUGUCAAUUAUUUUCAUAUCUUAUAGCAAUCCAUCAAUGUUACCAUAUCUCAUUUAAUUUCAAGUAUGUAUUGCCCCUUAAUACAUGUUCAUUUUCUCCCAUCCUUUUUUAUGUUAUGCUCUCCUUAAAAGCUGUACUGUAUAUAAUUUUCAAAAUUGUUUGAGCAAUAUAUAUGUUGACUUA